AUGGUGAUCCUUUCUCUCUCAUCUUCUUUUUCUUCGUACAAUAACAAACACUGUCUCGGCCUAAAAUCUCUCCAGUCUCAUCAAACUAGAGUUUUAUUUGACACUCGGAAACAAUCCAUUAGCUCAAUCAGCUAUAACCCAUUGAGAGACGUUGGUAAAAAGACGACGAUGAUUAAGAAACGACAUGGGUUUGGUGCGGUCUGUUACUCUGGGCCACUAACGCCUCGGAAUCUCCAAUGGGUCUCCACUAUUUCUUCUGCGGUUCUAAUGCUGGCGAGGGGCACAGCCAUUCACAAACCCUUUCUUGCACCUUUAUUUGCCCUACAAGCUCCUGCAAGCAUUGUCUCAUGGAUUAAAGGCGAGUAUGGCAUUUGGACUGCUUUCUUGGCACUUCUCGUUCGUCUUUUCUUCUUCAUUCCUGGUGAAUUGGAGUUUCCAUUUAUAACAUUGCUACUGAUAAUUGUGUGUCCUUACCAAAUUACGAGGCUGAGGGGAACACAGGAAGGUGUUAUUUUUUCAUUGCUAAUAGCGGCUUAUUUGGCUUUCCAGCAUUUUUCAAGAGCCGGCAGUUUGAGGAAAGCAUUCGAUCAAGGUUCAAUCAUAGCCACCUUAGCCACAAUCUGUAUUGUUGCUGUGCCGUGCUUGCUGUUGAUCUAA